AUGGCUAGUUUAAUACCUCUUGUAAAAAAUUACGAUAUGCUUGAAGAAGAGAAAGAAACUGUCAUUGAAAUAUGCAUUCAAGGAGUAAAAAACUACAAUAUUGAAAAAGAUAUUGCUGCUUAUAUUAAAGAUCGGUGUGAUAAGUUAUUGGGACGUAAUUGGCAUUGUAUUGUUGGUAAGAGUUAUGGAAGUUCUGUUACACAUGAAGAAAAGAAUUUCAUCUACCUCUAUUUGAAUCAAAUGGCAAUCUUACUUUUUAAAUCUGGAUCGUAA